UAGGUACUCGUGACUGAAUGUGAUGUGAAGAGGUGAAGUGAAAUACAGUAAUAUAGUAGGCUUGAUUGUAAUUUGUAAUAAAUAAAUGGACAGUUGAUUGUUGAAAACGAAAGGAUAGCUGGAUAGUACAUAUCAGACAAGAUGGUUUUGUGGUCAUGGUGUUUUGUGUGUCUAUUUUGAUUGGCAGUAAGUAAAAGAAAUCGAUUUUACUCUAAAGCUACGAUUUGCUGAGAAAUCAAACGCAAAUUGUUAUUAUCUUGAUUAGAUGGUGGUUAGUGGCGGCCGCAAGGAAAACUAUACCAUCCCUUACACUAAUAACACCAAUAAUGAACAAAUGACCGAGAAUCACAAAAUGGCUGGUAAAGCAGUCUUGCUGUGCAGACCAAACUCUCAUCCCUUCCAGGAUCGAACAUUUGUGUUGGAUCAACCUGUGAAAAUCGGUCGGUCGGUGGCGAGAGCUAGACCUUCGCCAAACAAUGGCAUCUUCGACUGCAAAGUGCUCUCUCGCAACCAUGCUAUAUUCUGGUAUAGCAAUGGAAAGUUCUAUCUGCAAGAUACCAAAAGUAGUAAUGGGACUUUCGUCAACAAUCAGAGGCUUGGUAAAUCCGGAGAAGAUUCUCAACCCAGAGAGGUCUGUUCUGGGGAUAUAGUUCAAUUCGGGGUCGAGGUGUUAGAAAAUUCUAGAAAAGUUACUCACGGUUGCAUUGUUGCAAAUCUAAAAUUGUACCUGCCUGAUGGGAAAGGAGCAAAAUGCAGCCCAUCAAUUCCAGAGAUAAGCAGCAAUGAAACAGUUCCUAUCAAAGAUCUUUACAAGCUGAACCAAAAUAUUCAGGAAGCUCUUCAAAGGGAGCAUACGCUGAGGAAAAAGAUCUAUUCUCUCCAAGAGAUGAUUGCAGCUUUAAAACAGUCAGCUGAGUGUGGAUGGAAGACCCUGAUUAGCGAAGAUCGAUUACUUUCUCGAGUCGAAACUCUAGAAAACCAACUACGAAUUUACUCUAAGAACUUCUCGGAUGAUAAACUGAGAGAAGAACUAAGGAAACUUCACGAUGAUAAGAAUGUGUACCAGAGUGCAGCCAAGGAUUACCUGAGAAAAGCUUUGGAGGAGAAACUGGAAGCUGUUAAUCGAUGUCAACAACUGGAAUUGAAAUUGACUAAUCGAGAAGCAGAAUGUGCAGAACUGAAAGAAGCUAGUAGAAAAAUUCAAAAAGAAUUACAAGAUUUAGCUCAAACUCAUGGUGAACAGAUGCUGAAGUUGGAAGCACUUGAGGCUAAAUUGGAGGAAACGAUCGAACAGCAUAACGUCGAAAUCAAGCAUCUGGAAUUCCAGAACGACGAAUACAGGAUGAGCCUGGAAAAGGCGUUAGAAAAUGGACAUUGUCUUCAGCAAAGGAUAGACCAUCUGGAGUCAGUGACCGAUCUCGAUGUCCAGCAAAUAAUGGCUUUGCAAAAGCAGUUGCAGAACUCACUACCCAACCACAAUUUGAAGAAUAUGUCAGGCGCAAUAAUUGAAAAUGAGAAUGAGAAACUGAAAGAUGUUGGACUCAAUGAACUGAUAGAAUUGAGAGAGAAAUUGAAUCGACAAUUCGACGAUGAAAGGGUUAAUAAUGAAUACAUCACUCUUCUUCAUGCUCAAUUGGAAAUAAUGUCGAAAGAAAAGUUGAAGAAAAUACAAGAAAUCAACAGUAUGGAAGCAAUUGUGGAAUCGUUCAGUGAUGAUGUGAGUAACUGUCGAGAGGAGAAAAAAAUGAUUGAAGAUGUCAUCAAUUCUUUGCCUCCUAAAAUUGAGAAAGUACUUGAUUUACCAAUAGAACUUCGAGCGAGAUUAGGCAAUAGCCUCAACGAAUCUGAGCCUAUUACCAAAGAGAGUUUGUUGGAUGUCAUCUAUAGUUUGCGACUAGAUGCAAAAUUCGACGCUUGCACCAUUAUUAUAUUGAAAGAGCUACUUGCUGAAUCAAGAGCGAAAACUGAGACUGCCGAGAAGAACUUAGCAUCUAGGAAAGCAGAAGUUGAAAAUACCAAAGAGAGUCUAGCACAGGCGACAAAUGCGUACCUUAAGCAAAAUGACAGACUUCUGCAUGCUUUGCAACGGCAGAAAGAGCUGGAAACGUCAAUAAAAGUUGUCAAGGAACAAAUCGAGUCAAUGUCCUUUGUGAUGAAUGCUGAAGAGAAGAAAGAGGAGGCAUCUCUGUCCACAAACAAGGACAUCGAACAAAUUGAAUCUUUAAAACGGCAAUUGUUGGACGCGCAACAGGCAGCCAAACAAACCCACAACGAAAUGAAAUUGCUGCGAGACCGGUUGAACGAUAUGGAGAGCACUCAUCGCGAGCAAGAGCUGAGUGCCGAUCAGCUGAGAAGGCAACUUCCCAAGACCCUCGAACAACUCAACGAGGCUCACCUACAGGUCACCACGCUCAAAUCAGGCAUCCACAAGCUGGAGACUUCCAACCUUCUUUGUAAAGGUGAAGUGGAUAAGUUGAAACAACAAUUGGCUGCUGCUACUGAGAAAGUUGCACAAAUUAGAGAAGAAGAACGAGCUCAAUCUACCGGUGUUAUAGAAUCACUAGAAAAACAGAUUUGUGACAUGAGAGAAGAACUGAUUCAGUAUAAAGAACAGUAUGUUCGUGUCACUGAGGAGAAGUCUAACCUCACUAGUGAACUGCAUAAAGUUCGCACUGAAUAUGAAUCGUUAACGCAUCAUCCAUAUUUUCAUACAAUGUUCGCCAUGCCAUUGAUGAUUCUAAUAGUUGGCACGGUCAUCAAGUUCUACCCUUGGCUGUCAUCAGUUUUUGGAACAGCGGACAGUUCGCAACCUGACAGUUCCCAGUGAUGCUGUAUAAUCUUCAGAUAUAGCUAUGUAUAAACAGUUUAAUAAUGAGUAACUGCUCAUUCGAGUGAGCUAGUUUGUGCUUGUGCCAUUAAAUUACUCAGAUACUAUUACAGCCAUCAUACUGCCAAAGUAAACUAACAUUUAAUUGUGUAUCUUUUUAUAAUUUCGUAAAUUUUGUGAAAAAUUACUCUUCGAAUUUCGUGAUAAUGCCAGUUAGCGAUGCACGUAAAUUGAUACACAAUUUUUUGUGCACUACAACAUCUACAGUAAAAUUCACUUUAAACUAUCAGAAUGGCAGUUUGUGACAGUUGAACCCAUUAUGACAGUUAAGCGUGUAUCUCGUUGUAGAUGUUGUGUGAAACAUGCUCAUUCCUAAAUAAGUGAUGUUGUGAAUUGUUUGAGUCUUUGUUGUGCCAAAUCUCUGGGAAAAACAUUUGUUUGAGAAACGUCGGUGGUACUUAUUUUCAUAAGACCUAUGAAACAAUCUGUUCCAAGAAAGUGAGAGAUGCAAAGAUCUCACUGAAAACAGCCUUCUGUUGAUAGCUUUUUAUUCUAUGGAGGAACUUUAUCAUAGUACACUAUUUCAGUAGAACUUUAUCAUUUUAUCUGUACACAUAGCUCCAUAAAUUUCCUACAAAAUAUACUGUGGUUGCACACAGAAAAUGCAAGAAGAAAAUGAAAAGAUCAGCUCCCAAUUUAGCUAAUUUUCAAGUCCAAAGCUCUGAAUUCCCUCCAGAAAUAAUUCUGAUGGUAUAAAUAAAUUGUAUGUAUGUGUAAUAAUCUGAAUGGAAAUGAAUCGUAUAAAUCAUAUAUAUCAGCUACUAUUAUAUAUAAUUUAAGUAUAAUCAUAUCUAUGUGAGUUGGAUGCUAGAAGCAAUGAAAAACUUUCAUGGAUACCAGACAGUUUUUCUGAUAAAUUCCCAAGAACAUUUGAAGUUUUGAAUCCUUAUGUGUAGAUUGAAAAAAACUUUAACUUAGAUUUAUGAAGUGUCUAAACAGCCAUUUCUAUUCUACUUAAUUGGAUUAGAGUACAGUUUUUAAUACCUGAUUUAUGUAAAGUGAAUUAUUUCAAAAAAAUCAACACGGCGAUACAAACGAUUCACAAUGUUAACAUCCAGGAAGAGAAAUCGACCCCUCAAGUUCUAAAUGUUUUAGUGACGAAAAACACGUGUUUUUACGUGAACUUUAAAUCAUUUCAUUAUAUUUCCUCCCAAUGUCUUUGCUCUUCUGAGAACAGCUGGUCUGUAAGUUAUAUGAACUAUCACAUUAUAACAAUGUAAGGAACUGAAGACAUUCAAGAUUAUAUAACAAUAAUAAUAAUAAUAAUAAUACAUUGAACGAAAUAUCAAUUAAAUGCUAUUGCCAGCAUAACAGACAUUUUAUUUGGAUUCUCGUUCAGUUGAUCAUUCUUUUUUAAUUAUUGUUGUCUUUAGACAGUUGAAGAAGAGAAAAUAUGCAACUUGAGCUACUCUUGUAUUCAGAUUUAUAUUUUCUUAAGAAGCUAACUGAAGAAUAGAUACUUGCUCAUUAAACCCAAUAGACUAGUCUUAUGAAAUAAUGAGUAAUUCAUAAAAAUAAAGUUAUGUAAAAUAUUAUUUUCAAUUUUGACACCUGGUAAUAGCAUCAUAGUCGAAAACAAAUUUAAAAUGUUAGUUGAAAAAAUAUUAUUUUAUAUUCUAAUUAUUUUAUAUUCUAAUUAUUUCUAUAAUUUACCCACGUUUUGUAAUGCAAUACAUUCAAAAAGUAGUUUACAUUAAUACACAUUGUUGGGAAAAUAUAUUACAUUUCACAUAGGUCUAUUAAGUUUAUCAGUAUAGGUGAAUACAAAAAUGGCACGUCACAUCUUCGAUCAGUAAUUUUUUUUAAGGUUAAAGUAAUAACAAAAAGUUACAAAGCUUUAAAAAGACGUGUUUGUUUCAAGAGAUCAGAAUUUCUAGUUAUGUGUGGUUUUGAACCUUGGCGAUAGUGAUGAAAUUAGUAGGUACAAAAUGUAUGCUUUGUUAGUGGAGAAGUUAAAAAAAUUUUGUGUUCUUGACCCUCCUCCACUAACAAAACAUACAUUUUGUAACUUUGUCGAGUCAACUGUUGAAUAGAACUGAAAUGAAGUCGAAUAAAUUCAUGUCAAAGCUGUUGAAAGCUUUUUCGAAGCGAAGGUUAGAUAAAUAUGGAGAGGCGGUAAAUUCGUUCAUUGAAAAAGGAAAGAACAAGAGGAAAGGAAAAGAAAACGAGGAAAAAUGUGGAAAGUGAAGGCGUUUUGUGAAAAAACAGCCAUUUUCCAAGAAAACAAUUUUGGGAGCCUGGUGGUGGAUUUGAAAGUCACUUAAUUGUUACCAUUUCUGCAAAUAGUCUGUAUGAACACUUCUGAAGUGAUCAUAUACGUUUUGUAUGAGACACAUAUUUGGUGAUCUUUAUUUUAGUUGUCAUGCUUAUUUAAAAAAAUAAGUGGCCUUUUAACGUUCUAUGUAGAAACUCUCAAACAUUUUCAUCUUCUCUUGAGUAUAUAUCAGCGUAUAGAUUUUUUCAAAUUAUUUUCUUAUGUGAAGUUUUACUAAGACAUUCAACAAUUUAUGUUAUAAUAUUUUCAAUUUUCAACCCUAUUUAUAAACAUUUCAAGAACAGUUAGUUGGAGAUAACAAUAUUCCUCUAGCUCUCACGCACAACUGACUAUUUAUUAUAAUUUUUGAGUAUGCUGUAUUUUAAUGCUGAUCAUUAAUAUUCGAUUCAUGAUAUGAAACUAUGUCAAUUCCUUUAGUUGCUUUUAAGUAUUGUUGAAAGGCAUCGUGUGUUCAUUAAAGUUAGCUGUUAACUGAAUGAAUACACUGUAAUAUAAUUCGAAUUUUAGAAAAACUUCUAGGUAUUGAGGAAUACAGAUUCGAGCCUAAUCAAUGUUUUUUAUGUUUUUGUUUUGGAUGCCCAAUUUGUGUUAUGAUUAAUUUAUCGAAUAAAAAUUUAAUUAGUUUUGAGAGUAGAUGAAAAAAAAAUCAGUUUACAAUGUUAGAGCUUUUAAUGACAUGUAUGAUUUAAGUAGUCAGAACUUCCAGAUGAAUGUUCUAAAACCUUAGUACUUCUCUAAUUAUUUGAGGGCUGCUAAAUACUAUUUUUUAUCCGAAUUAUAUUGUUUUCAGUAUGAUUAAUCAUUCUUCCUGUUCACGUAUUUUAUAGCCUAUAUUAAUUACCUGUAGUGUGAAUAGAAAUCAUUGUAAUCAAAUCGAAUUUUUUAUAAUUAUUCACAACUUGCAAAAUUAUUCCUGUCUUUUAUUUUUUACUGAAAGCAAUGAACUACAUUUUUGAAGAGGUAUUGAAAUAAUUUUUUUGAUAAUUCUUCUCAGUUUUUUUUGAGAUGAAGGAAAAUACUGUAAUUUUAUUUACAUGAGUAUUCAUAUAAAAUAAAAAUAGAUGUAUCAUUUUGUCCUGAUGUACAUUGAAAAACUAUAAUUUAUUACGAAUAUGUUCAUAUCAAUGCUUCAAGAUUCAUUUUUCAAAAAAAUCAUUUAGUUUCCCAUUGGAUAAAUUAUUGGAAACAAUAAUUGAAAUUGAUUAAAAAAUUGUCUUAAUGUAAUACUGUGCAGCAUUAUUUGUAGUUCAUCUGACAGUCAUCACUUGAGCAUAUCUAGUUCCAACUAACUAUUGGUUGUUCUGAAUAAUAUUAUUGUAGUCUAGUUCUAUCCUAGAAUUCCUAAGUUGCAUCUUGUGCAUUUGUAUAUAAAUUAUCAAUGUAAAGUAAAAAAUGUAAUAUUUGUAUUCGCCAUAUUGUAAACGAUUUGAGUAUUAUUUAAGUUGCAAAAUUUGAGUCUGAAAUUUAAGUAGAGAUGAGUAGCAUGUUUCAAAUCGACUAAAAACACCAAAUUCAAACGCCAGCUAUUAAAUGCUUGGACAAGAUUCUUGUCUCUUUUGAUUUUGACAAUUCAAAUUCUUAAUCUUUUGCAUACAAAUUGCUUUGCUUUUAACAAUUGUAUAACGUACUGAAGUGUAAAGUUUUUUAUUAUUCAAAUGCUUGUCAAUCUCUUACACUAUAAACUAUAAUAUAUGUUCAAUAAUUAUCUGUUUGUCUUGAGGAUCUGUAGACUAUGUGCAUUGUGUUUUACUUUUAAAUCUUUUAUUUUGUGACUAUUGAUUUUUAUUUCUUUCAAAUAAUCUCUGUAUUAUCUUUAAAAUAUUUAAUGUUUUCUUCUCUAAUACAAAAUUUGUAUAGACUUUUUUGGCUUAAAACAAUAUUUUUAUUUUAAAAUCGUAACUUACGAAACAUUUUCAUGUGACCUCAGUUGAUACUUUCACAAUACAUGCAUUGUUAUUAUUUUUGUUUGAUAAAUCUACAAUAAUGUUUUUCCAAGCAUUUUAGUAUCACGUAUGAAUUCCUAGUAUCAUGACUAUAUAUCAUAACGGUCAUCGACAAAUCAUUGUAUGCAAUAUUGUAAAAAAAUAUAUUAAAAAAGUUUUGAACA